GGCUGUCUUGGAUUUGCAACCCUGGUUGUCAUCCUUCCUUGUUUACGUCUGCACCUUUAUUAUGUUUCCAAUAACUGGGAGGUUUGUGCUGAAGAUGGUGCCGAACUACCAGAGGAUUGUGGUGUUCCGUUUGGGUCGAGUGUGCCCACCAAAGGGGCCGGGUGUUGUCCUCGUGCUUCCUCUAAUCGAUCAGUGGCAGAAAGUGGACCUACGCACUCGAGCUUUCAACAUCCCUCCUUGCCAGGUGACGACUAGGGAUGGUGGUGUGUUGCUGGUGGGAGCUGACAUCCAGUUCAGGAUCUGGAAUCCCGUCAUGUCUGUGGUAUCGGUCCAAGACCUGAAUGCCUCCACCAGGAUGACGGCACAGAACGUUUUGACCCACAGCAUGUCCAAGAAGACCAUCAGAGAAAUCCAAACGGAAAGAGUGAAACUUGGAGAAUAUCUGGGGAUGGACAUAAAUGAGAUGACUCGUCCAUGGGGGCUCGAGGUCGAUAGGGUGGAACUUACGCUCGGUUCUUUAAUAAAAUCCCCAGAUGAAGAUCAGAUGGCUCCUCUCAUUGUUCCUCCAUCCGUACCUGGACUCGAAGGCCUCACUGGGUCCAUUCAACAGCUGGCCAUGCACUUUCUGAGUCACGGUGCUAGUUCUCAACCUCAACACAGGGACAGCAUAACAUUUACAGAUGAGCUCAGCAGCGACCCUGAAGGUAUCAUCACCACACCGAGUUCUCUCGAGGAUCUGCUCAGCAGUGUUCAGAUGAUUCUCUCUGAGGAUUUGGUCCACAAGGUUGGGGCUUGUUUCCAGUUUGAAGUCAGCUCAGCAGAUGGACAACAGCUCAAAUACUAUCUGGAUCUGAGUCAAGGCAGAGGCACGGUCGGAUCAGGGUCUCUGUGCCGAGAGCCGGAUGUGACUCUGAGCAUGAGCGACUCCGAUCUGGUGGCCAUGUUCAGGGCAGAGCUGAGUCCAUUUGCUGCUUUCAGCAGUGGCAGACUGAACGUCCAGGGAGACAUGAAGACAGCCAUGAAGCUGGAAGAACUCACAAAGCUACUCAAGAAAAAUCCCUCCUAAAAAAAAAAACUUUAUUAUUUAACUUAUUUAGUUUUACCAGUUGGUAGAAUUUUGUAUGUGAGUGUUUUAAUUACAUUUUAUGUCAAAAUCCAACCUGUAUGCUGCAAUUUCACUACAGUUUCUGCCACUUUGCAUAACAAGAGAUUUCUAAUAAACUUUUCCCACAAUGUUUACAAAAGGAGAUCCUCAAGAUUUAAGAAAAC